CUCUCAAUAUUCGGAGAACUACACUUUUGCUGUACUAAUCUCUGUGGAAAUAGACAAAGUAGCGGUGCCGGCGAUGGCGGCUGCGAGCGCCGUGCAUGUGGAGCAGCUCGAAGUAGACGACGACGGCGGCGGCGAAAUGGUGGUGGGGCUGGGUUCGUACGGAGGGAAGGUGAGGUUGCUGGGCUCCGGCGGAGGUUGCGACGAGGAAGGAGAGGCGGCGGCGGCGGAGACGAUGCUGCUGUGGGGGAUCCAGCAGCCGACUCUCGCCCGGCCCAACGCCUUCGUCUCGCAGUCGUCUCUCGCCCUCGCCGUCGAAGCUUGCGGCCACUCCCUCUCCAUCCUCCAAUCUCCUUCUUCUCUGAUUACUCCUGGAGUGACUGGAUCAGUGAUGUGGGAUAGUGGAGUUGUGUUGGGGAAGUUCUUGGAACAUGCCGUGGAUUCCGGGAUGCUUCUUCUUCAGGGCAAGAAGGUUGUCGAAUUGGGCUCUGGAUGUGGAUUAGUUGGCUGCAUUUCAGCUCUUUUGGGUGCUCAAGCGAUUCUUACUGAUCUACCAGAUAGACUAAGGCUUCUCAGGAAGAACGUCGAGACAAAUUUGAAACAUAACGAUAUGCGGGGAUCUGCGGUCGUGAAAGAACUGAUUUGGGGAGAUGAUCCUGAAAGAGAGUUGAUUGAGCCUUUACCAGACUAUGUUUUGGGAUCUGAUGUGAUUUACAGUGAGGGAGCAGUAGAGGAUCUGAUCGAGACAUUGCUGCAACUUUCUGGAACUCAAACAACCAUCAUUUUGGCUGGAGAACUUCGCAAUGAUAGUAUCCUCGAAUACUUCUUGGACGCUGCGAUGAAGUAUUUCAUUGUGGGGCGCAUAGAUCAGGCACAGUUCCAUCCAGAUUAUCACAGCCAGCGAGUAGCAAUGUAUGUCCUGGUGAAAAAAUGAAACUUGCCGAAACUGAAGAUGGCUACGACUCGGGGAGUGAGUUCUGUUACAAGAAGUCAAACGGUUAGGCAUACCAAUGCAUUGUGAUUUUGGAUUGAUGGAGAUUAGCUGUUACAUUUCACAUACAUGUAGCAAGUAGCAUGUCUCAACUUCUAGAAAAAUCCGGCCGUCUCUUGCCAUCUAAAGGUGGAUCAGUGAGAUGAACAUUUGUGUCUCGGACUCAUGAAUAGUGUAUUUUAAGCUGUCAAGCCAAAA